AUGGAGUCCUUCGACGUGACGGCAGCAGGGACCAACAAAGGCCUCGUGGAACGUGCUACCUACACCGACCUGGGGGUAAACGUAGGACUCCGGGGUGUCCUCCACACCGAGCUCUUCCAAUCGGACCGGUACCUCCCCGACGGGAUCUCCGUGAAGCUCAAGCCGGACCUCAACCCCGACGCCUUCGUCCUCAUGUCAGAGAACCAGAACGAGAUUGUGAGGAUAAUCGACGCUCAGCUGAGCCUCUUCCACGUGACCCCCACCUCUACCCUCCGUCUGUCCAUCGAGGGGCGCCUGAUGGGCGCGAGGAAGGCUUCCCCUAGCGAGGAAGGGGUAGUCCACAGUGCCCCUGAGACCAUCAAGUUCCCUGUCCGGCCCCUGAUCAUCAAGACCCGAGAGAUCCCGCAGGGACUACGAUCCACCAAGUUGCAAGACGUGUUUGUGGGGGACCGCCCAAACCGCAUCUUUGUGGCCUUUGUGGACAGCGAGGCGUACAACGGGAGCUACCGCCACAACCCGUUUAACUUCCCCACCAACGCGAUCAAGGUUGUCGUGGACGGCAUCGAGAUACUCGCCCCUCAAUAA